AACACGUUGAGAUCACGGAGACAUAUGAUAGAAAAGUCGUACGUUUGAGAAUAUGCGUUGCUUUCAAUCUAGUUAAAACAAAGACGGAUUAAAUGUUAUUAACCGCCGUGUCAUAAUAUAUUCAUGUUUUUCGUUAGCGGAAACUUUUCCAGUUCUUGGCUGUUUUUUGCGUUCAUAGGCCUGUUGAUUACUUUAUUUUUGUUUAUUUACAUGUAGACUGUGUAUGAAAAAAAAUUUAAUUAAAAUUAUUUUACUUGAUGCUGUCAUUCUUGUAUAGCCCAAAAUUUCAGCACUUUUUCGCAGCAGUGGUAAACAACAUAUGACCCGAAUUCUACUCGUUUGCCUGGUUAACGAAUCACUCCCGGACACUGUGACCUUUAUCCUGGUCGGGUAGAUCUGGAGCCUAUCUCGGGAACACUGGGCCCGGCCCAGGAAGACGGGAUUGGACACCAGUGUUUCGCUAAUCCACCUACUGACGUGAUUUUGGGAGGUGUGAGGAAACCUGAACCUGGAGGCACGAGAGCGUCCAAAAAAAAACUGUUCAGACACGAGCGCUUAAAAGAAAAGUGCCUGUAGAAAAACACGGAUAUGGCAAGAAAGUAAACGAACUCGAAAACUAUGAGCUAAAACAAUAAGCUAGACCGGGCACUCGGAAGAAGAAAACAAAGGAACGGAGGCACUAAGCACUGGAAAUCAACAAACAAAAGAUUUCCCCAAGGGACAGACAAGGACAGGAUUUUAGGUAGGCUAGAGAAACUAAUGAGAGCUCACGAGACAAGACGCAGGUGCAGAAACCAACCGUUCUGUGUGAGUCACAUGACGGUGACUUAAAAGAUGCCUACCGCCAUUUUGAAAAUCAUGGUCUUCACCCUGACCUUGGCAGGCUCUAUCCAGUGCGGUAAGGUCUUGGUGUUCCCUCAUGAUGGCAGCCACUGGGUUAACAUGAAUAUAUUGAUACAAGAGCUGCACAACAGAGGUCACAAUGUCACGGUCAUUCGAGCAGCUGAUAGCUGGUACGUCAAAGAGCAAUCACCUUACUACCACUCCAUAACCAUCGACUUCUCAGUGGGGCAAGACGAGGCUUUCUUCAACAGCUUUAUCUCCAGACAGCUACAGAUUCAGCGGGAAAGAAGCUCGUUUUGGACUCGAUUCAGUCUGGACAUGGAGCUGAAAACCAAGUUCUCUGAGAUUCACAGAAAGAUAUGUGAAAUGGUCAUCCAUAUAAUCGAGGAUCCUAAACUGAUCGCUUCCAUCAGAGAAGCACGGUAUGACGUGAUGCUAACAGACCCUGCGAACGGCGGAGGAGUCGUGCUUGCACGUUAUCUGCAUUUGCCGCUGGUUUUUAACGUCCGUUGGACGGUACACGGAGAGGCGCAUUUUGCGAUCGCGCCUUCGCCCUUAUCGUACGUUCCCUUUCCUUUAUCCAUGUUAACAGAUAAGAUGACCUUUUUUCAAAGGGUAUAUAACAUGCUCUUCUUUUACCUCAGGCUUUUCCUUUACAAGCGUAUCGUAGGGCCUCAUUACAGCGCUUUGUGUAACCGAUAUUUUGGUCCAGAUGUGGACUAUUUCAAAUUAUUCCAGGCAGCUGAUAUCUGGCUUAUGAGAGUCGAUUUCGUGUUCGAGUUCCCUCGCCCGACGAUGCCCAACGUCGUUUACAUGGGUUGCUUCCAGUGCAAACCCCCAAAAGCCCUUCCCGAUGAUUUAGAAGACUUUGCGGAAAGUUCCGGAGAGCACGGUAUUGUCGUUGUGUCACUGGGAACGCUGGUCGGACAGCUUCCUGACGACAUAGCCGACGAAAUGGCUGCCGGUCUUGCUAAGCUCCCUCAAAAAGUGAUCUGGCGAUACUUGGGGAAGAAACCGUCCACUCUCGGGAACAACACCAUACUCAGGGACUGGUUGCCUCAGAACGAUCUUCUCGGACAUCCCAAGACAAAGGUUUUUGUGAGCCAUAGUGGAACGAAUGGGAUUUUAGAAGCUAUUUAUCACAGUAUUCCAAUCGUUGGCCUUCCUCUGGUUUUUGAUCAACAUGACAAUAUCUUGAGGAUGAAAUAUAAAGGUGUAGCACAGGUCCUAGAUCUAGCCACUAUAAAUCAGAAUACGUUUCUUGAGGCUAUACAGGAAGUCAUAAACGAGCCUUCCUACAGUAUAAACAUGAAGAGGCUGUCCGGGAUUCUCCGAGACACACUUGUACAUCCUCUGGACAAUGCCGUCUUCUGGAUCGAGUUUGUUAUGAGACACAAAGGUGCUGCUCAUCUACGGACAGAGUCUUACAAAAUGCCUUGGUACGCUUACUACAGUGUGGAUGUUAUAGCGUUUUUACUGUUAGUUGCGUCAGGUACGAUUUUCCUCAGCUUCGCUGUAAUCCGAUACGUAUGCUGCAGGGCGUGUAGGAAAAAAAGAGUAAAACAAGACUGAUUCUACACAGCAAAACCCCAUAAUUUCAAAUAGCAGCAAAUACCAAGCGCUUAGAUUGCAUUCGUGGACGCAAACGAACAAACGAAAGUGCAGAGCCCAAGUUUUCAAUCAAUACCACAUUUGUGCCUGUAAGUAGAUGAGGUUUGACCUAAUCAAGUGGUUAAAACUUGUUGAAUCGUUGUGCAUUCAGUCUUGUUUUGGUGAAAGGAAAAAUGUGUAACUUUUUGCCACUAAGAAUAUGUAAUGGACAUUUUUAGUUUUAUGACUUCAUGGGAAAAAUGACGUAUUGGAUUUUGCUGUAUACAUCUUUUUAGUAGAGUUUGAAGGGAACCCCCCAACCCCCUCCCCCCCCCACACACACACACACAAAAGUAAAGCUGAUUUCAUGUGAAAGUGGUAUAAAUGUAACGUAAGAUUUAUUCCGUAUUUGAUUAAUAUUUUAGACAAGUGUAUAAAUAUUUCAGGACAAAUCACGGGUUUAUAUUUGAUAUUCAUGCACUCAUUCGAAUACAGUAUAAUUUCUAUAGUAAUCAUUUACAGAGACUUGUGUAUAUGAUGAAGUUCUCUGCGAGAUGCUUAUUUAGCAUCUUUUGUAAGGAGUCUCCAGUUUGAGAGCUUUAUAACAGUCAUAGGUAAAGAUGUAACUUUUAGUAGCAUGACAAGCUGCAAUUUUGAUUUUUUUUUAUUUGGCUAAUUAACUGGCUAAUUAAAUCACUUGUUUUGCUCAUUUUCUUUUCUUUUUCUUUUUUUUUAAAUUUCUGCUCAAAAACAAUCUCCAGUUUCAUUUCUGCUGAACAUUUCUACUGAUAAUUUCUACUGAACAUUUCUGCUGAACAUUUCUAGUGAACAUUUCUACUGAUAAUUUCUACUGAACAUUUCUGCUGAACAUUUCUACUGAUAAUUUCUGCUGAACAUUUCUAGUGAACAUUCCUGCUGAACAUUUCUUGCUAAUUUCCAUUCAUUCAUUCAUUCAUCUAUCUGCAUGCGCUUUACCAUGGUCAGGGUCACGGUGGAUCUGGAGCCAGCUAUUAAUAUGUAAAAGUAUGAUUGAUUAUUCUUCAAUGAGUAAAACAUAGCUAGCAUUGGGAAAUUCCUGUGGUAUAAGAGGAAUAAAACCCUUUGGGAUGUGAUUUUUUUUUUUUUUGUGGAAAAUAAUGGAAAACUUUGGGGUGGUAAUAUGGUAUAUUUUUAAAAAGUGAAUAGUAUAUGUUAAGAAAUCAAAGUGAGAUCGAAUGUAUGAGAGAGAAGAAAGAAAUCAGUAUAUUAAUCAGAGAAACUAAAAUCAAAGUAGGUCAAGCUGGUGUGACAUCGCCGCGUGCACAUUCCUCAUUGGGAAAAUAUAACCUUUUCUUCUAGGCUUGCUUUGUUAUAUAUCAGUGAAAACUCACCCUCUGUACCCGCUUGGAGACAUCGAGUCUGUACUCUGUAUGUUUAAGUCCCUAUCUUUUUUUACCAAUCUGAUGUUUGCGAUUCCUUAAUUUGUAUUGUUGAAAUCCAUGAUGAUUUGUAUGUAUGUCCGAUGAUCUGCAGACAUCUCGGCUUUUGUGAUUUUUCAAUAAAACUCUGAUUUUUGACAUCUGGAA